UUUCAGUAAGUCUUUUUUUCACUUUUCCCUUUCUUUUUUAUGUCCCAUUCAGUUUCAUUUUCGCUCGUUUAUUUGUAUGGUUUAUCUAAUUACAGUGGAAGCUCUCGUAAGCGGACACCCUAGCUAGGGACGCGAAAGAGUUGUCCGCAACUGGAGCUGGCCGCUUACGGAAAUGUAAAAAUACAGAGUUUGCAGUGCCGGAUCGAGACCUUGAGAUAAGGGCCUCACUUUGGUCUAAAAAUAGUAUACACUUAAUGUCAGAUCCCAACGGAAACAGUUAAUUUUGUUUUCCCGAGAGUCCUGAUGGACUCGAGGGACCUCACAUUAAGUGUUUUGUUAUAUUUCUAGACCUUCACUUCAACAGCAACUAAAGAAUAACCAGAGCGAACCAAAACAGUUGACUCGGUACUUAUAACAACACAAAUUUAAUUCUCAAAACCACUGAAUGAAUGAUUUACAAACAAAAGUACUUUCCUUAUGUUAUCUGCACCUUUUUCCUCCACUAGCUGCUGUUUUUCUUCUGGGAACUUCUGGGAUAACAAUGUUUACUUUUUAGCUUGAGGCUUCGUGUUUGUGUUGUUGUGUUCAUUCACGAAAAAGAAAACUGGCAGGACCUGGCGGUGUUUUUCCCGCCUUCUGUCACGCCACUUUCCACCAUGCUUUGAUCACGUGCUGCAAUGUAUCCCGAGCGGUGUACAUUGUUUAAUGUAUCACGAUCGGGAUACAUGUGAUUUUAGUCAAGGCCACGUGACCAAGAAUCAACCAAUGGCAGUCCCUGUUUAGUUGAGUGAAAGUCUAGGAAUAUAACAAGGGGAAUUAAAGCUCGAUUGUAUGGCUAAUCUUUAUCGUAUUCGUAAUCACAAUCAUUAUCAUAACCAUAGCGUUUUAAAGUUUUACAGACUCUUGAGACUUUGAGAUUUUGAAACACAUAAUCAGUUGCUACAGGGAGCGAAACUGAGGACGAAUGAUACUGUUUGUAAUUUAAAAUUGUAUUUUAAAAAUGUAUUUUAAUCGUGAUUGGUUUACUAAUGAUGAUGAUGAUAAUGAUUCAAGAUGUUGAACUCUUACCGAAUGCCGCAUGAGAAUCCUAAGACAACACAUGUAUUCAAAGCUUGAGGUGUAAGGGUUUUACCUGUCUUCGUAAAAAGUUGAUGAUGGUGAUGAUGUUGAUGAUGAUGAUGAUCCAAAUAACAUUGCGCUCUAAAUGUUUUGUAACUUUUCCUGUUUCAGGUCUCGCCUGGAGAACUCGUCCCAUUAAGCCUGAAAGCCGUUGAUGAGCUCGGCGGCGAUGUAAUCACAAGUGUUCUUGCGUUUGAAAUCGACCGACUAAACAGCGCACAGAAACUUCUGCUCGAUGACAGUUUGUUUGUGGUCUUUCCCAAUGAAUCUGUACCAUUUUCGUUUCGACUAACAGAAGGCGUAUACAACAAAAGACGUAAGAAGAACCGAACGAUUAUGUUCACAGAUGUAUACUCGACGCUAAACAACUCACUUUCUGUCGAAUUGGAACUAAGAGAUUGUCAUCCAGGUUUCAUCUUCUCGGAUCAUUUCAAAAAGUGCGUGUGUAAUACAAAGCUGGAGGGUGUGGAGAGGUAAGCGCGUGGCAAGUCGGGAGAAAAACCGUGUACUGAAGUCCGAAAUAUUGAAUUUGUUUCAAAAGAACCGUGUCAGUUCUUUGUCCUUACUUUUUUGUCACUCCAAAUCAAAUUCAGUGUAUGUUCAUCCCUGUAUACUCUGUUGCUUUAAAUUGCAUUCCCUCCCCAUCCAUUUGCUUAUUUCCUUGCGUCCGGUUAUUUGCUUCAAACUCCCGAUAACUCGACUUUUUUGCUGUUUCCCAAGAAGGUUCGAGUUCUCGGAAGUCGACAGUACUUUUAGAAAUAUGUACAACGAUAUCUUUUUCAAAUAAGCUUAUUACCUCAGGUGAUAAUUAUACGUUACAAAUUCAUUAUUUUACCCUUGGUGCUGGAGUUUUCUUCUUUCCUAAUCCAUGGUGAAGCACGGUUUGUCCUAGGUAUUUCGAGAAUGGACCUCUGGAAUCAUUCCCUGCAGUCGAUGUGUGUUUAAUAUCUAGACGGGAGGGAAGAUAAAAUUAACUCUUUUGCACCAUGUAAGGUAAUAUAAGACAUUCUUGGACUGUGGACUCCACGCCGUGGAUUCCGGAUUCCAGGUACUGAAUAACGGACUCCUUAUCUGUGAAAUUCCAGUCUUUAGCUGGAUUCCAAAGCGCAGGAUUCCGGAUCAACAAGCAAAAAUUCCCUGGUCUCCGGAAUCGUACUUACCAUUUACAUGGGAAGACCGGAAAUUCCGGUUGGAAAAUCAAAUGGUUCACGCUAUUGCGUUUGUGAAGCGUCAGAUAUUAUGGGCUGCGAUUCGGGGCGAUGCAAUUUUUCCACUCUGUCACGUCUGUUCAGUUGAUUUGGAUAAAUUUUGUAUCGAGACGGUCGUUCUCCCACCACUUCAAAUGUUAUUUUUUAUGUUUAUUCACAAGAUUUUUCACCCGAGUGGUUUGUGCAAUGGUAAGCACCUCUUACAUGGUGCCGGUCAUGGUGCGAACGGUUGGCGCCAUGCAAUAUGUGUAGGAGCUAAUUCCUAGCUUGCUUUAGUGAUAAUACAUCUCUUUGUCCUUUAAAACAAUAGAUGCGAGAAUGGUAACAAAGUAUUCUUGAAAAACGGUUACUGGGGAAACUCGACGAGCAGUGGAGAAUUCGUGACCUACUUCUGUCCAUUCAACUACUGCAAUUGUUCAAACAUGCCAGGAUUGCCCGGGUGUUUAUUUAGUGCUGAGAACAGUGAUGGCCAGUGCGCUGAUAAUCGUGAAGGGUGGAUGUGCGGAAAAUGCAAAGCCAAAACUAGCGUUGGGUUAAGGUAGGCCACAACUACUUAAAAACGUAUAUAUUGUACAAUAACUGAGCUAUUUAUUGCGCGCUGAUUGUUGUUUGGUGUAUAGACGGAAUGAUGUAGUCUGAGAAAACAGCCGACAUUAUGCAACGCCACCACCCCGCGAAAUGACGUCUGAGAAACAAGCACAGAAAUUCCAUACUGUUGACGCGUCACUACCCAGAUCUGGGUCGUGCUUCUGAUUGGUCGAAGGAAAUUUUCAGCCAAUCAGAAGCACAACCGUGAUCUUGAAAGUGACGCGUCAUCAGCAUGGAAUUUUUGCGCUCGUUUGUCGAUCAGACGUCAUUUCGUGGGGAAACCUGUGGUGGCAUCGGGAAACGUCGUCUGUUUUCUCGGCUAGGACAGAUGGCACGAUUUGUUAUUCUCUGAUCUGUUUCUCUCGCGCGAUUUUCCAAGAAACUUCGCCGGAAAUGGAUGCUAAAAAAAUGUCAAUGUUGUUGUAAAAAACGGAAUUGCACAACAAUUUUCCGUGGACUGCCUUUAUACACUUUGCGGAUAAUGAAAAUCCAGAAAACGAAAGAGCUUGCAUUGUAAGCGUUGGUUAAACUCGUCUACUAGCUUAUUUUCAUCAAUGUUUACUUUUAACUUGCUGUUUACCAAUUAUGAAACAAUAUUCUUCUUUUUACAGGCGAACUGAGUGCGUAGAAUGCUCCAAGUCUGGAUGGGUGCUAGCUUUGGUUAUUCCUAUUGUGAUUAUUUUGUGUGUCGUCAUCAUCUGGCUCAAUCCCGGCAUCUCUAGCGAGCUUAGAGGACCGCUGUUUUUCUAUCAGGUCCUUCCCUUCAUCUUUGAUCCUAUCGGGAAAAAUACUUACAUUUUCCUAGCAACGGACAUAUUUAACUUUGGAGGCCCUUUCAACUAUUUUUUAAACACCUGCCUCGUUCGGGGAAUAAACAAUUUAUACGCCAUUACGUUUGGCUACGCUGUUCCUCUCUUAGUCUUGACCGUGUUUUUCCUGGCGUACUUGUUCAGUCACCGUUUGACGUUCAGUCGGCCCCAACGCUCUAUGCUGCGGUCAUUUUGGUUUCUCCUCCUCUUCGUUUACAACUACCUGGUGGAGACGUCAUUUCGGAUCCUGUUCUGUCCAAACGUUGCCGGAAAUCACGUUUUCUUUUACGAUGGCAGCAUUCAAUGUUUCCAUGGCAGCCAUCUACCAACAGGAAUAGUUGCCAUAAUCGUGUUAGUGGUACUUGUCAUCCCACCGCCUAUAGCUGUAUUUCUUUUAACUAAUGGCUACUGGAGAGUUAAACCGCAGUGGAGUGAUACACUGACUAACAGCCUGCGCCCCAAACGCUGUUGGUGGUGGUCAGUGGAUUUAUGUCGAAGAUUACUCCUGGUUGCUAUUUAUGCGUUUGUUGCAAACUGGAAGACCAAAAAGGUGAGAGAAUAAUGGCAGCUGACCACCUACCCCUCCCCUAAAUCACAAUGGCUUUGCCCUAAGUAAUGACAAGUAAGUGUUAAUGUUGACUUGGGAGGGGGGCGGGGGUAGGUGGUCAGUAACCCAGAAACCUCAAUUGAUCCCCGCUCUCUACCCUCGGAAACGUUAAACAGUUUAAGCAACCGUAAUGGCGAGGACAACGAAAAUGUCAAAAAACAUAAAAUAAUAUAGAGUUUCCACAUGACGUUACUUCCGCCAUGUUGGUGUUCCAAACUGAUCCUGUGGGAGUUGAACUCUUUUCUUAUGUAAACGCUUUCUUUUGUUCCAAUAAAUUAACAUACAGAUGUUGGCCACGUGAGUGAAACGGUCUACUCUUGGUUUGUGACCACGUGACAAGGCGACCAUGUCGAGGGUCAAUACAAUAUAAUUUUACCUCGAAGAAUUUACGUGAAAAUAGAGUUUAGUACCCAGAGGAGAGAAAUGCUUUUGUUCUUGAUCACCAACAUGGUACAAACAAGGAAAACUCUGCACGUUUAUCCACUUUUUGGUGCUUUUUGCCUCUUGCACAGCAUGGGCACGAUGUGAAGCUGUUUGCUGUGACGUUUAGUAGAGGGUUUAGACAGAAGAGGGCGGAAUUCAAACCGAAGAAAAUCCAUUUACAUUUUACACAAUUGAGUGAGUUAUAAUAAUCGCUCUCAAAGAACCCGACAUGUAUUUAAGGCCUUAUGGCUAUAUGUACAUAGAAUUGAUGGAGAGACGUUGAAGGCCAGAUUGGUUGAGGGGGAGGGGAGGGGGGGAUGUUAGACCAAGGACUUCUUCCUCGCUUGAUCUCCAUAAGAUAUUCCUAUCAUUUUUCUAGAUUCUAAUGACUGUCGCCUGUAUGGUAAUCCUUGCUGUACACAGUAACUGCCAACCUUACAUGCGACCACGUGCCAACUACGCCGAAUCUGUGUAUUUGCUAGUGCUCUCCAUACUGGCAAUGAUGCAAACUGUUGAGGACCAGGAAACUGCGUUCUACGUCUGCCUGGUUCUUUUGAUCACCGCCGCCAUUCACACGCUUGUGGUAUUCUUCUUAAAGGCUGGGCUCUUCUGUCGAAGGCGAUUUAAAUGCUGCACAGGCGAGGAGACACCAGACGAUCAAAGGCAUAGAUACCAGGAAUUAGAAAACACUGAAAAUGAAGAAAGCCGGGACACCGAAAUUGAAAGACGGAGAAGCAUUUUGGAUACGAUCCUCAGUAAACCUACAGGGGUCUCGAAUUGUGGUUAGUCUUUUUGUGCAUCCUUCCCUCCCUCGGGGACAAGAUUAAAUUCAUCCACACCCUCACAACUAAAACCACCUUGUAUAGUAUAACAAACAUAACUCAACGAAAGUACUACUGGGUAAAUUUCAUUUGAAUGGUCACACUUGAGGAAUUCAUCCACAGAAUUAAGAGUUACACGGAACCACCUGGUACAGCAUAAUAAACAGCUAGGAAAGUACUAAGAUAAGAUAAGAUGCAUUAUAAGUGGCGCAAACUCUUAGCUACAUGGAUUAGCUAAAAAAAUUAAAACUUCACCAGCUAAUUCACAAGUAUGCCACUGUAAAUUAAACAUUCAGGUAGAAAUUAAUAUGAUUAAAACAAUAUAAAAACUAUUUACAAUUAAAAUUGAGUUGUCACACAUAAACUACUAUUAAAACUUAUUUACAAAAUUGAUUAAAAAGACGAUUCGUCGAUACUAAAUUAAUGACUCAUUUUCUAACGGUCUUUUAAAUGUUUUAAAAUCGGACGACGCUCUUACGACAUCAGGCAAGUUGUUCCAGAUCUUGGGCGCCUGAUACCGCCAGGUAUUGAGUCCAAAGCGUGUUGUGUUGUCCUUGGGCACUUUUAAAAUGUCCUUUCCUCUUAAGGCAUAUGUUGUUUCUCGUAAUGAGAUUAACUCAUUCAAGCUUUCCGGGUUCGUAUUAUUAUUUACGAGUUUAAAAACAGAAUAGAGAAUUUCACUCAAUCUCUACUCCAUCAGGGUUUUGCUACCUAAAGGAUUAGUACGUGUAAUCAAAAUGGUGACGAGUGAAAUUAGGGAAUAAUUUCACGGGCGUUUUGUCCAAAUCCUAAUAAUUUCCCGAGCCUUUAGGGCCUAUUACCUAUUAAUAUCAUGGGUGACGAAUUACGUUAGCAAUCUUGGAUUUUUGACAUGUUUAUCCUGGAUCGUAUCGAUCGAGAAUUCCACUCUCUCAAAUGUUUAGACCUUAAAUUUGGCUUAUAAAGUUCAGAAUUUUUCAGACGUUUUCAGCAAAAUACCUGUUAGAGUCCUUCUUGAUGUUCUCUUGUGUGGCGUUUUUUGUGCCCUGACCUCUUCAUUCACGGCAUUUUAAAACUUCGUCGCCAUCUUGACACUGAGACGUACGGAAGGUUGCCAUGGCAAUUUUGUAAUUUCACAAUUAAGGAGUAAUUCGUCACCUAUGAUAUGAAGUAGCUUAUUUGAGUAGCCACGUGUUAUCCACAGACAUAAAAGAAAGAACGUUAACCAUCUUUUGGAGUAUAAGACACCGCGGAUCAUUAUACUGUUCUGGGAAACUUCCCACCUACCCCUCCCCUAAGCCAAUAUUUUGCCCUCCGCUCAGUCGCUCCAUGUAAGGUAAUCCGGAUUUCAGAAUUCGGGAAUUUUUUUCUGGUAGAAUCCGAAAUUCAGCUCACGGAAUCCGGAAUACGGAAUCCGAGUUCCACUAAUCCGGAAUCCACAGCGUGGAAUCUAGAAUGCAAGACUGUCUUGGAUUACCUUUCAUGGCGGAAAGGCAUUAACUAGAGUAGUAACGACUAAUAUCUGUGGUAAAUUUGAUCCCCUAAAAAUGCCACAAAACUCUCUAAUCAUCUUGUUUUGUUGUUGUUGUUUUAUAGCUUCAGACGCGAACAGCUCUGCGCGGCCCGAAAUCAUCGACAGAAGUGACUCAACGUCUCCUGGCGUCCCUACUUGCUACUAAAGAACAGAAACUAAAAACACACGGGGACGUUU